CUGAUACGGAAUAUAAUUAAGGUGUUGUUUCUCAACAAAUCAACGGCAUAUUUUAUGUAUUUCAGAUGGAAAAGUACAUUGUGCAUUUGAAUUAUUUCACCUGUCAGAAAUCCAAUGACACAUCAAAGUCAAGAUAAUAAUGGACGAUAAGAAUGGUUCAAAACGGAAGGUCAUAGAUGAACACAAUGGCUCGAGAAUCCAACCACAGGAGAAAGUAUCUUUUUUUGACAGACUGAAGAAGGACGUAGUGUUUCGGCACAAAGUAUCUUUAUCUGUAGCUUUGUUUUGUAUGUUUGCAUGCCUGGGAUGGAACGUUAGUCAACUUGGACCUGCCCUACUGGACCUGCAAAUCAUAACAACAACUAGGUUAGACGAGGCUUCUUAUUUCCUAACAGCAUUUUCACUUGGAUUUCUUGUUGCAGUGUCUGUAGCAGGAUGGAUAUUCAGGAAGAUUAAUCGAAUCAUCGUAUUAACCGUCUCCACAGUUUGUAUCGCCAUAGUAACGGUUGUUACACCAUGGUGUCGAUACUUUGGGCUAAUGAUUGUUGUAUUUGUUGUGCGUGGACUUACACACGGAGUUGCAGAUGCAGGAGGUAAUAUCAAUAUCUUAAAGAUAUGGGGUACAGACAGUGGACCAUACAUGCAGGCUUUGCACUUUUCAUUUGCUAUUGGAGCAGUUAUUUCCCCCCUUGCCAUGGCACCUUUCCUCAAUUCACAGAUUCCUCAUGAUGAUUCAAAGAUGACACAAGAGGAAUGUUUACGAAAUUCAACAAUGAAUUCAACAAAUAAUUUCAACUCUUCGGCAGACAUAUUUAUGAAAGUUGAUUGUUAUCACCAAGAAGUUAUUCACAAAGAUUCAAAUAUUCACGGUGCAUUUGUCAUAUCUGCAGGCAUAACCCUGGUGUCAGGCUUAUUAUUCUCAUAUUUCCUGUUUCAUAAAACAAACAGUAACGUAGAGCAGACACAAACGUGUCGCUUAAGCUCGAAUUUGCCCAAGUCUAUGAGAUUGACAACCAUUGGUAUUGUAUGCAUUACUUUUUUCUGUGUCCAGGUUUUAGAAAAGUCGAUUGUAUUUUACCUCACAGCAUUUACUGUUGAACAUUUCGCCUGGCCAAAAGCGCUAGGGUCGUAUGCAACGUCAGCAUUCUGGGCUUCCCAUGCCUUUGGAAGGUUUACCGCAAUAGGUAUUACAAAACGAUUUAGAAUAAGAUAUAUAUUCGGACUGUAUAUCUUUAUGCAUUGCGUGUGUUCUGUAUGUCUGUUAAUUACAAAUUUGUUGAAACUGGAAAUUGGCAUUUGGAUUUUUAUUCCAAUUUCAGGAUUUUGUCAAUCUAUUCUUUUUCCUUCACUCAUGUGUUGGACUGAACAAGAUUUCUUUAAAGUUUCUGGUAAAAUGGUAUCUUUAUUCAUGCUAACAGGAUCGAGUGGAUCAAUGCUUACGCCAAUUUUUCUUGGAUAUUUGAUAGAUUUGUAUUCACCAAUGUGGUUUUCAUAUGCAGUGCUCAUUUUCAGUAUAUGUCUGAUUAUCAUAUAUAUUGUUCUCUUUAUUCUAGCCCGUAAGAUUGAAUCACAUGGUAAAGAAAAUGAACUUUUUAUCAAUGUUUCAUGAAAAAAUUGAAU